UGCGAAUUGAAGAUCUCAAUGAUGGGGUUGCGAGCCGAAUAUUUGAGCCUCUGGAUGAAUAUGCAUUGAUCUCCGUGGAUAUAUUAGCUGCCUGGAGUAUGAUUGUCUCUACUGAAUAUCUAUUGCACGGGGCAACUCUCAAUCUAUAUACUCUUCUGUGAAAAUGCUCCAUCUGACCGGCCUGGCCAUCGUCCAAGGUUACAUUGUCCAACACUUCUUCCCCGAAUACCACUUCCGCACCACCGUCUUCACCUCUCUCUGCCUCAAUGUCCUCCUCUACGCCUUCUACCGACUCUUAAUCUACCCUUACUUCCUCAACCCCCUCCGCCAUCUCCCCACCAUCCCGGGCCGCCCGCAUGUAAAAAUCAUCUUCGACAACCCCCGCGGCCGCAUCCCCCUCGAAUGGAUCCGAACAGUCCCCAACGAGGGCCUCAUCCACUUCCGCAAUGUCUUUUCGCAGUCCAUGCUGCUCGUUACGAACCACCAGGCGUUGCUGGAUGUGAUGUCCUCGCGGACGUAUGAUUUCGAAAAGCCAUGGCGUGCGCGCGACUUUCUCGCGCGGAUCAUCGGGUUCGGGCUCAUUCUGAGUGAGGGACAGGCGCAUCGCAAGCAGCGCCGGGCGCUGACUCCGGCUUUUAAUAUUAAGAAUAUUCGCGCGUUAUACGGAUUGAUGUGGGAGAAGACUGGUCUGCUCUUGGAUGAGAUGGAGUCGGAACUCCAGCGCAAUCCGUUCGAGGAGGUGUCUAGCAUGGGCAAGAUCGAAUUGAGUAUCUGGGCUAGUCGACUUACGCUUGAUAUCAUCGGUCCGGCUGCUAUGGGACGUGACUUUCGGUCGCUGCAUAAUCCUGAGAAUAAGGUGGCCGAUAGUUUUAGUGCGAUUCUGGAGCCGACGCGCGAGAAGAUGGCUUUCCUGGCGGUCAACUUUGUGCUGCCGCAAUGGUUUGCCAAGCGUCUGCCAUGGUCUUUGAAUGAGGUUGUUGACAACGAGACUGGAUUCCUGCGCGAUCUCUGCAAUGAAAUUGUCCAGGAGAAAAGGGCAGCUAUUGUGGCCUCUGGAGCGACAGCCAAAGAGCUGGAAGCCGAUAUUCUGGGAACGAUGAUGAUGGGCGGUGAUUUCACCGACGACGAGUUGGUCGACCAGAUGUUGACCUUCCUCGCUGCUGGCCACGAAACAACAGCCAGCGCCCUGACUUGGGGUUGCUACCUCCUCACCCUCCACCCACAAUACCAAGACCGCCUCCGCGCCGAAAUUCGUGCCCGCAUCCCCUCCGGCAGCGCCCCAAUAACCUGGUCCGACCUCGAAUCUAUGCCUUUAUUGAAUGGCAUCUGCCAAGAAGUCCUCCGCCUCUACCCAACCGUCCCAGUGACAAUCCGCGAAUCCGUCCGCGACACCAUCGUCGCCAACAAACCCGUCCCCAAAGGCACGAGGCUCAUCCUUUGCCCGUACGCUAUAAACCGGAGUCCGGAGUUCUGGGGACCCACGGGGGACGAUUUCUUGCCGGAGAGAUGGAUUGAUACGGAUCCUGAGAGUGGGAAGCAGACGCCGAAUCAGCAUGGUGGGGCGGGGACGAAUUUCGCGCAGAUUACGUUCUUGCAUGGGCAGAGGAGUUGUAUUGGGAAGGAUUUUGCGAGGGCGGAGCUGCGGUGUGCUAUGGCGGGUGUUGUUGGGCGGUUUGGGUUUCGGAUGCAGGAUCCUAAGCAGGAGAUUCAUAUUGCUGGGGCUGUGACUACGAAGCCCGUGGAGGGGAUGCAUUUGGCUAUGGAGAGGGUUGAUGAAUGGUAAUGUUAUGAUGCAUGCUUAUUAUACUUGUGAAUGUCAACAU